AUGAAGGCUUCCAUCAUCCUCUCGCUCGCCAGCCUGGCUCUGGGCUCUGUCAUUGAGCAACGUGCCUGCCCCGGCAACAAUUGCAACCGUCAGGUUACUGGAACUCGUGCCGGACUUCCCGACCUUGCCUCUCGCUCGGCCGACUGCUCCAGCUUCAUUCGUCUGACAGUCACUCCUACUCCGCGCACCCGCACUGUGACUACCUUCAUCCCGGAGCCCACCGGCUGCUCUGGUGACGAGAUUGUUGCCCGAGCCAUCGAUGUUCGCCAGGUCACCGUCACUGCCAGCGCCAUCCCCACCUAUGCCUCUUCCUGCGAUGAUGGCUCGGAGUACUCGUCUGCCUGCAGCUGCUUGGGCGUCACCACCGCCAAUGCUACCACUGUCCGCGCUCCCCGUGUCACGUCCACCGUUACCUCUGUUGCCACUGCCUGCGCUAGCCGCGCCAUCGCCGCUGUCCCAACCUGCGCCUAUGACUGCUUCCUCGAGCUUUACCCCAGCUAUGGCUGCGGUGGCCUUGAUGACCUUCCCUGCCAGUGCGCCAACUUCGAGACCCUCGGUACUGAGGUUACUCCUUGCGUCGUUGCCGCUUGCUCGCACGCCGAUGUCGAAUUGAUCUUCCCCGCUGCACAGAUGGGCUGCGACUGCUACUCGGUUGCCAACCCUUCCCCUACUGCUGUUUAA